UACCUUAUUCCUCUUGAUUAGGACUAUUUACUUCUUUAGAAAUGGGGUCUUCUUCAAAUAAAAAUCCAACAAAACAAAUAAGUCGAUUAGAUUAUGAAUUUGGUGAUUAAUUUACGGUAAUAUGAGGAAAAUAAGAUAUUACUAGUAAAUUGAAAAUUGAAGUACCUAAAGCUUGUCUUGUAUAGUUAUGACAGUCCAUGGCAACGACAUGUACUAUAUUGCCUCUUGUUGAUUACUUCUGUGAAGAGGGGCCUUAAACUUGUGCUUCAGUUUUGAUUUCUCUAGCCUGUUUUGAUCAAAAACUCGUGCAUCAAAUCAAUGGUGUACAGCAGUUUUUCUUCUAAACUUUAAGGGUCUAAGGAUAGUUCUUCGAAAAAUAAAGGGGUGCAGUUUAAAUUAACCAAUUCUUUGCCACCUUAAAAUUACAAGAAGGAAAUUGCAGUAAGCCCAUCUUAAAAUUCCCAACAGGAAUUGGACUUUGAGCCUUUGACAGAAUCGGGGACAGAGAUGGAAACAGGAAAGGUGGUAGUGGAGAGGGUAGGUGGAAAGUCAGCUGCUAUUCACUGCUACUCAAAGUAUCCUCUUAAAUUCAUCAUCCCCAAUAAGGUGGGUCCUUCUCAAAUUGAUGCUGUUUGGAUUUACACUAUCACUUAUGGUGGUGGAAUUGUGUCGGUAUGCACACUUUCCAUUUCCCUGCAUAAAGAGAUGUUUGGUGAUGGGUGCACCACAGUGUUAACCACUCAAGCUUCAACAAAGGUCUACAAAUCUGUGGAAUCAAAGUGCUCUGAACAAGUUCUGGAGGCAAGAAUUGGAAGUGAUGCACUUUUGGCUGUGAUUCCAGAUCCAGUUACAUGUUUUUCAACUGCAAAGUAUUCUCAAACUCAAGUAUUCAAAGUCUUUCCCAGCUCCAGCUUGCUCAUUGUUGAUUGGAUAACUAGUGGCCGUUAUGGAAGAGGUGAAAAGUGGGACUUUGAACUUUACAAGAGCACUAACAACAUUUUUCUAGAUGCUGAUGAGCCUUUGUUUCUUGACACGAUAUUGCUAGAGCAGGGAAGGUAUAGCAGUAUUGCUGAACGGAUGCAAGAUUAUCAAGUGAUUGCAAUGGUUAUACUUUUGGGGCCAAAGCUGAAGUUCAUUCAAGACCAAAUUCAGGAAAAUGUGAAAAACUUGAUGUCUCAGCAAUUACGUAUUCCUUCAGGUAGCUCUGGACGAUAUGGAGAUAUCGAUGACAAUCCUUUCUUGACCAGACCGAGCUUUUUGGCCUCCUGCAGCGUCUUGGGUCAAAAGGGAAGAGGUGUUGUGGUUCGAAUUGCUGCAAUGACGACUGAGUCAGUCUACAGUUUUCUUCAAUGUCAGUUGUCUGGCCUGGACUCACUGCUUGGUGUGGCGCCAUAUCGAUGAUUGUGGAGGGCCUUUUUGUGGCUUAGGGAACAUCAUAAAGUCAUCCAAGAUACUGAAAGAGGCUAAUUGCUCUGUUUGUAUUUUUUCCUUCUAAAGAAGAUUCUCUUAAUUAAGUGGUAAUAUAAUCUAUGAUAUUGUAUCUGGCACAUUUUCAACUUCUGUUAUAGUGCCUAAUCCUGGUUGCAAAAUUUGUAGUGGGGAUAAUUUUAUAAACCUCCCUUUAGGUUUCUAACAAUUUUGCAUAGCGCCCUUAGGUUUUGAGUGUUGUAAUAAUGUAAACCCCUAUCACAAUAAGUGAUAUUAAAAGGUUGUGGGAAAUGUAGGCAAGUUAUAUCAAAGCCAAGUAUUCAUAGC